GCUUUACGUCUGUAUUGACAUUUGUAGCUUACUUGUUGCCUCUCUUCGGUCGUAGUUCGCAUUUCUAGUUAUGAUUUUAUCUCCCUGCCUGAGCUGUGAGUAAAUGAGUGUUUUUGAUUUAUUCCGCGGGUUCUUCGGGGUCCCAGGAGGUCACUUCCGAGGUAGAAGGGACCCCUUCUUUGAUGCAAUGACUCAUGAUGACGAUGACGACGACGAUGAGGAAGAUGGAUUCUCUUCUGAUGGAUUCAGAAGGGACCAGCAGGACCCCUUCGGCGAUGCCUGGAGGUUUGGCUUCAGCUUUGGUCCAGAUGGGAUGAGGUUCCAGGAGCCUGCCAUGUUUGGUCACGUCCUCCGGGAGAUGGAGGAGAUCUUCUCCCAGCUGGGUCGCUGGGAGGGACAUCCGGAGUCUGGACACUUUGGUGUUCCCAGAAUCCUGCCGCCAUCUCCACCUGAGGACGGGUCAGAGAGGAAUGGAGGCAGCAGGAACCCUCUGAGAGAUUUUAUGCUCAAAUCGCCCAACGGUGACAUCCCAAGGUCGCACCAAGAGGACCAGAGUGAGGCACCAGAUUUCCCCUGUACACCUUUUAAUGGCUGGAGCCCUUUUUCCAAGUUCAACGAUUUUUGGGGACAGGGGCCACAGAGAACUCCAGGCCAGGAGCCUAAAGAAGACCGAGAUCUGGACUCUGCUGUGUCAUCUGGUGGCCUGGAUCAGAUCCUGACUCCAUCUGUUGGUCAGGGCCUGAGCGAGCCCAGGAGUCGAUCUUUCUUCCAGUCAGUCAUCGUCACCAAGGUGGUGAAACCAGACGGGACUGUAGAGGAGAGGCGAACAGUCAGAGACGGACACGGCAACGAGAAGACCACCGUGACCCGCUCAGGAAGUCCUGGAAGGUUGGAUGGACCGGACCAGCAGUCUGGACCAGUACUCCCUGGUGACUCGAAUCGUUUCUCGGACCUGCGGGAUGACGACUCGUUAUUCUCAAGGAUCUUUGGAGGAUUUAAAUAAGAAGUGAACUAAGGUGUCUCCUCUGGACUGGUUGGUCAUAGUUGACCUUCACAGGAGUUGUUUCUGUCGAGCUGUGAGUUGUUUCUUUUAAGGACAGGUCAAAAUAUGUGUUGGAUAUAAAGCCUGGCUAAAACAGGAUCUUUAAACUAGUCGUAUCAACACUGAACAGUCCAGUUAAACGUUUUAUUUUUGUAUUGUCAUAAAAAAGGGAGCAUGGAUGGGAGAAAUAAUAAAAAGAAUCAAAUAAAGACUUAAUAUAUUUA